UGCUACCCUGCUGAACCCACAGGCAGUUGUUGCUAACAACAAUUUUGCCAUCAAAACAGGAAGAUUUUCGCUCAUGGGGUGUGCAAGAAAAGCACAGUAGGUUUUGAGCAGCUCCUCCUUCCCCUGAGCCAAGCAGAAAGUGGGGAGGAUCUCUUUGCCUCUUGUUGCCAGAGUGCAGAGAGGCCUUGCCGCCAGCGAAAUGGCUCGGCUGGACGUAACGGAAGUCUUUGCCAACAUACGGCUGCCUGGACAUCUCCAUACCCAGGAGUCUCUCCGCUUUGCCAGCAACUUUCAGUUUCACAGCUCAGAUGUCCUUCUCGUCACCUACCCCAAAUCAGGCACCACAUGGAUGCAAGAAAUCUUGACCUUGAUCUACAGCAAUGGCGACCUCAAACCCGUAAAGACUCUUCCCAACUGGGCUCGGGUUCCCUGGUUGGAGCACAUCUAUUUCCAGGAGCAACUUCAGCACAUUGGACAUCCUCGCCUCUUCACCACCCACCUGCCCCAGCCAGUGCUGGCACCUGCCCUGAAGAAAGCUAAGCCCAAGGUGAUCUAUGCGACCAGGAACCCGAAAGAUGUUGUUGUGUCCUACUACCAUUUCCAGAGAAUGGCCAACUUCUUCCCUGACCCAACCUCCUUUGAGGACUUCCUUCAUGAGUUCCUGGCUGGCACAGUGCACUUCGGUUCCUGGUUUGAGCACGUCCAAGGCUGGCUCCGCUGCCCAGAAGAGUUGGGCGUUUUCUGCAUCACCUAUGAGGAGCUGCAUCAAGACCUGAAAAGCUGUGUGGAGCAGCUGAGUGCCUUCCUGGACCACCCAGUUCAGCCAGAUCAGAUUGACUGCAUACAGGAACACUGCAGCUUUGCUGUCAUGAAAGAGAACGACAUGGUGAAUGGCAGGCUUAUCCCUCCUGGGAUUAUGGAUUUCCAGAAAAGCCAGUUCAUGAGGAAAGGUACUGUCGGUGACUGGAGGAACCACUUCUCCCCAAAACAGAGCAUGCUCUUCAAUGAGAAAUACCAGCAGGAAAUGGGAGACCACUCCUGGCCCUUCCGGUGGGACAUGGCCUGACCGCAGCUGCCCCAAGACCAUUGCUGGUCUUCACAAGUGGGCAUCAGGACCAGCUUGUCUCAGGACGGCAGCUACAGCGUGGGACUUCCUAAGGCUGUCUCCCACUGGGAAGAGGGUAUGGGAAGUAGCCCAGAGAAGUGGCCACACAGGUCUGUGGCUGUGAGUCAUGAAAAACAGCAUGGUAGCCUAUUGGAUGAUUGCAAAACAGAGGGAGCCAAUCCAGCCAAUCAAAAGAAGGGGCCAAAAAGCUUAUUAAGAAGGGUGGGAGACAAAAUGCAAGAGGGUUUGAACACUGUUUCUAUGGAUAGAGUUGAGGGCUUGUUCUCAAUUCACACCAGUUGCUGGAAAUCUUUGAUUACUGCUUCUCACUUUCUUCAAUAAGUCUGACUUAUUUGCAGUGUCCUAGUGGUUCACUCCCCACCUGCUUGUGGGGAGAAGCCUGAAAAUAGCCCACCAUGACCAGAACGUCUCUCCUCUCAGCCAUUGUCCUGUUUGAGAAGAGCAGGUGAAUCUGCAAUUCUGUGGAGAUGUUCUACUAAAAGGAGACACUCAAGUUACCAUCUGGCCUUCCCCAUCCUCUGGACCUUCCUCCAGAUAUGCUGAACAGCCCACCUCUGUCCUGUCAUCGUGUCCUCAGGUGAUGGGAACUCUUGCUGAAUGCGCCUGGAAGAGAACAUCAGGCGGGGAAGGGGACAUCAUCAUAUGUACUUCACGCCCAGUAGAGUCAUACAGAAGGGACCCGUGCCCAUGGGUGAAGAGGGCAGUAUAGUUUCCUUGUCCGGCACUGCAGAUCAGUCAGAUGUAUUGAAGACAGUAGGAAGCUUCAUAAUCUUUGAUUAUGACAAUUUUCUGCCUAAAUCUAGCGGUGGGAGUUAUUUGUCUCCCCUUCUGUCCAUCAGGAUGUUGUUGUGGCAGAGGAACAAGAUCAUCAGUGGCACCUUCCUCCAGGCAACUCAAAUUAUUGGUUAAUAACUCCUCCCCCUCUGCCCCCUCACCAAGGUUUUCUUCAUCUUAGCAGCAAAUGGUAGCAGGAAAACAAUUAAAUCAAAAACACCUUUUUAUUUAAUACAUUUAAAUGUCAUCUUAAAUAUUUUUUAUCCAAGAAACUACAGUACAAUAAUUCAAUAAAGGCAAGACAAAAAAGGAUGUUCACAGAA